UGUACAGGACCAUAAAUUUCACAAUUAACACACCGCGCUUUUUAAAGUAGCUUUAUUUUUGUUAUUCUUUCCCCCCCUUAAUUCACACAUUAACACCAUGAAGCUACGUUUGUCUAAAGUAGGCUUACUGGUAGUAGCGUAUGGCACACUUGUGUCUGCCAUGAAGUUUGAGGAUUUUAAAAAAUGUGACCAAUCCGGUUUUUGUCGUCGUAACAGAGCGUAUGCGGAUGAUGCAGCCAGUUCUCCUUAUGCUUUAGUCAAGGAUUCAAUUCACACGCAAGAAGACCGAAUUCAUGCGGAUAUUCUCAACACAGAGACAAAUAUUGUCUUGACAUUACAGGUGCAUGUGUUGAAAGACAAUACGGCACGCGUCCGUAUUAAUGAAAAGCAACCCAUCAAGCCACGUUAUGAAGACCAUGUCAAAUUUACUUUGGUGAAGGAACCCGAGACGAUGAAAGCGUUAAAGACAGAGACAUCCGAUGCUGGUAUUAUUACCAUUCACAUGGACAAGCAACGAAAGAUUGUCAUCUCACCUGAGCCUGUUCGUAUUGAAUUUUUGGUGAAUAACGAAGCAGCUAUUACUUUGAACGACCGCGGUUUCUUCAAUUUUGAACAUUUACGUACCAAGGAGUCUCACGUCAAGAAAAUGGUAGAGCAGAAGAAUGAAGAUGGUACGGUUGAGAUGGUAGAAGCAGAGUCUGAAAAGGAUCUUUGGGAAGAAACCUUCAAGACGUGGACAGAUCCUAAACCUAACGGUCCUGAAUCAAUUGCAUUGGAUAUUACGUUCAAUGGAUUCUCUCAUGUUUAUGGUAUUCCUGAACACGCUUCCAGUCUUUCAUUAAAGGAAACCCGUGGUGGAGAAGGCAAUUACGACGAACCUUACCGACUUUACAACACGGAUGUGUUUGAAUAUGCUCUUGACAGUCCCACCUCUCUUUAUGGUGCUGUACCUCUCAUGAUUGCUCAUAAAAAAGGAUUAUCCGCUGGUAUUUUCUGGAUGAAUCCUUCCGAGACCUGGAUUGAUAUCGUCAAGACGCAACCUGAACAAGAUUCCAAGCUUCAAAAGAUCUUUUCUCACACACCCCAGGUACCUUCUACACAAACGCAUUGGAUGUCUGAAGCGGGUGUGAUGGAUAUUUUUGUGUUUUUUGGUCCUACCACCAAGGAUAUUUUACGUCAAUAUAGUUUAUUGACAGGUCCCCCCGCUAUGCCUCAAAUGUUUGCUAUUGCGUAUCAUCAAUGUCGCUGGAAUUAUAUUAACCAGCGCGAUGUUUUGGAAGUCGAUCGUAAAUUUGAUGAGCAUGAUAUGCCCUAUGAUGUGAUUUGGCUUGAUAUCGAGUACACGGAUGAGAAAAAGUAUUUCACAUGGGACACACCCAAGUUCCCUAACCCUAUUGAAAUGGAAGAGACUUUGGAUAACAAGGGUAGAAAGUUGGUGACAAUCAUUGAUCCCCAUAUCAAGCGUACCAAGGAUUACCGUAUCGCUGACGAAUCUCAUCAACAAGACUUGUUCAUCAAGAAGCCCGACGGUAAAGAUUAUGAAGGUUGGUGUUGGCCCGGUCAAUCCUCUUGGAUCGAUUUCGUCCAAGAAAAAUCGUUCAAUUGGUGGAAGAAACAAUUUUCUUUUGAUCUGUUUAAAGGAACAAGAGAGAAUGUACAUAUCUGGAACGACAUGAAUGAACCUUCCGUCUUUAAUGGGCCUGAGAUCACGAUUCAAAAGGAAAUGAUGCAUGAUGGCGGUAAAUGGGAACAUCGUGUCUUACAUAAUUUAUAUGCUGGAUUAUCUCAUCUUGCUACUGCCGAAGGAGUGCAGGAACGUACCGCUGUUCAAAAACGUCCCUUUGUUUUAGCCCGUGGAUUUUACGCUGGUACUCAACGUGCAGGUCCUAUCUGGACCGGUGAUAACAUUGCUAAUUGGGAAUCGUUACAAUACACCAACCCCAUGAUCUUAUCCAACAGCAUGGGUGGUAUUCCUUUCUCUGGUGCCGAUGUCCCUGGUUUCUUUGAAAAUGCUACUCCCGAACUUUUAGCUCGUUGGUAUCAAGCAGCUACCUACCAACCCUUUUUCCGUGGCCAUGCUCACAUCGAUACCAAACGUCGUGAACCUUACUUGUCUGCGGAACCAUACCGAUCCAUAACGAGAGAUACACUCCGCGAGCGUUAUGCCAUGUUGUCUUUCUGGUACACCUUGUUCUUUGAUGCCUACAAGGAAGGCACGCCCAUGAUGCGACCCAUGUUUAUGGAAUACCCUGAUGAUGAGUCUUUGUUUACUGUCGAUGAUCAAUUCAUGGUAGGUAGUGCUGUCCUUGUCAAACCUAUCACUGUGGAAGGUGCUACUUCUACCGAUGUGUAUUUCCCCGGUGAAGAACCUUGGUAUAACACCAAGACACACGAGGUUGUUGGUAAGAAGGGAUUGCAUAAUGUGGAAGCUCCCUUGGACACCAUUCCUGCAUUCUAUCAAGGUGGAAAUAUUAUUCCUCGUCGUGAACGUGUACGUCGUAGUUCACCCGCUAUGCGACUUGAUCCUUUCACUUUGGUGAUUGCCAAGGGAUCCAAUGGAAGUGCUAGUGGUCGGUUAUACAUGGAUGACGAAGAAACUUUCUCGUUCCAGAAGGGAGCUUAUGGCCAUACCUUGUUUGAGUACAAGGACGAUGAAUUGAGCUGUCAAAGUGUGCAUGAGGAUGCUACAGGUAGUGCGGCUAAAAGCUUUAUUCAAUUGAAUAAGGAGGUACGUGUAGAACGUGUACAGAUUUUGGGACAGGUUGUGAAGCCAAAGGAUGUACAGGUGGUGCAUCGUGAUGGAAAAACCGAAAAGGUGGAGUUUGCAUGGGAUGCCACUAAGAAAGUGUUGACUGUAAAAGAUCCCAAGGUUUCUGUGCUUGAAUGUGGCUGGAAAAUAGUCGUUUAUUAAAUUGAGACAACAAUAAAAAAA